ACCAAAAGAAAACAAAAAAGCUGAGCUAUGGAUAAGAAAAGAUAGGAACGAGUGAAGCCAAGUGAACAAAUAAAAAAUUAUAUAUAUAUCACAGGUAUGAUCAGGUGGGGUUGAUUGGAAGAUCCUUUGUUGUAGUGAAGCAGAUUUUGUUUUUCAUGAAGUCUCAUGGUUGAUUUAGUGGAUUUUUGUAGAUUUACUUCUUACAUUAAUUGAAAAGGGACCAUUUAUUUUUGUGUUUGUAUUAGUUGUUUGUCUUCCUCAGGUGUACUUUCUUUCCCAACAUAUAUAUCUGCGUGUGCUUAGAAAGCCAAAUGACAGAACUAAACAAUAUCAGUGUACGAAAAAUGGCAAAGCUUAAUGGUGAUAUGGAGCUUUCUAAUAAUGAAGAACUACUUGAGGCUCAAGCUCAAGUGUGGAACCAAACAUUCUCCUUCAUACACACCAUGUCUCUAAAGUGCGCGAUCGAUUUGGGCAUCCCUGACAUCAUCCAUCGCCACGGAACUCCAAUGUCGCUAUCCCAAUUAGUCGACACGCUUCCCAUCAACAAAGUAAAGGCACAUUGCAUCCGUCGCUUGAUGCGAUUACUUGUUCAAUGUAAGGUCUUUGACAAACUCGAAAUCUUGGACAAGCCGGGGGAUGAAGAGGUGCAUUAUUGGCUAACUCCGGCCGGGCGCCUCCUUCUAAGGGAUGAUCCUAUAUCCAUUGCACCAUAUUUGCAAGUCAUUUCGAACCCGGUCAUGAUGAAAACAUGGCACCAUAUGAGUGAAUGGCUUGUUAAUGGGCAUGAAGGGUCGGCCUUUGAGGUUGCGCACGGGAUAAGCAUUUGGGAGUAUUUUGAUGGUGACGAGCCAAGAUUGGCUAACCUUUUUAAUGAAAGUAUGGCGUGCGACACAAGGCUUGUGAUGUCUGUAGUGCUCAAGGAUUACAAGCAAGUGUUCGAGGGGGUCGGGUUGCUUGUGGAUGUGGGAGGGGGUAUUGGGACAGCAACAAAGGAAAUCCAUGACGUAUUUCCGGGCAUGGAAUGCGUUGUUCUUGAUCUCCCACAGGUUGUAGCUGGCUUGAAAGGGACACACAACUUGACAUUUGUUGGAGGAGACAUGUUCGACGACAUUCCUCGAGGUGAUGCUAUCCUCUUCAAGUGGGUAUUGCACGACUGGAACGAUGAAAGUUGCGCGAGAAUAUUGAAGAAAUGCAGAGAAGCAGUCACAGAAGGAGGAAAAGUGAUCAUAUUCGACGUGGUUCUGAAGGAUGAUGGCCAAGGAGACAACAACAAGAUUAUCGAAGAAGCUCAACUCUUGUUCGACAUGGCGAUGAUGGCUUAUGUUAAUGGCAAAGAAAGAAGUGAGAGAGAAUGGGCAAAGCUUUUCACAGAUGCUGGCUUCACUACCUAUAAGAUAAGUCCUGUGUUAGGUGUGAGAUCUGUAAUUGAGGUUUAUCCAUGAAAAUAAUUUGGAUGGUCCUAUGUUCAACUUGCUUAUGUUAUUUGGUACCAUCUUUGCAUUGUAAGAAUUAUCAAACAUGUAAUAUAUCCUUGGGAUGCUUGUGUGGA